UCUGACCGUUCUGACGGAUUGUAGGAUGUGUUCGCUUAACCAAAGCAGAAAUACUUCAAGCAGGAACCUUUCACAGACUUUUCAAAUACAACGAAAAACUGGAAGACUCUCCAUAGUAUGCUGUGAGGCUGCUGGUUGCCAGGUCUGCUGAACUUUGGGGGUGUGGCCAGAGAACCUGCGUUUGGGGUCAGGAGUUGGGUGCGGACCCCAGCCUCUGGAUUUAUAAGAACACUUACCCAAACUGAGAGCGCUCCCUCCCCCAACAGGAAUGGCUGCCAAACCACCCCCCCCACUAAUGAAAAAGCACAGCCAGACUGACCUUGUGAGCCGACUCAAGACCCGCAAGAUCUUGGGCGUGGGUGGUGAGGACGAUGACGGAGAGGUGCACAGGUCAAAGAUAAGCCAAAUGCUUGGGAAUGAAAUGAAAUUUGCAGUGCGAGAGCCCUUAGGACUGAGGGGAUGGAUCCUCAUUUCUGCCGUGACGUUCACAAUUAUGGCUUUAAUGGCGCUGGUGUUCCCAAACCAGCUCUAUGAGAUGGUGUUCGACGACCAACUCUCCACCACACGGGUCACGGUCCAGCUCUACGGAGGAGCUCUGCUGAGUAUUUCUCUAAUAAUGUGGAAUGGCCUGUACACGGCUGAGAAAGUCAUCAUUCAGUGGACCCUGCUCACAGAGGCCUGCUACUACGGAGUGCAGUUUUUAGUGCUGUCCAUCAUCCUUGUGGAGAUUGGCUCAGUGUCCAGUGCUGCCAUCCUCCUCCUCCUCAGUCAAGUGUUCUUCCUCAUCAUCAGUCUUGCCUACUACUACCACCUGGGACGCCGCCCAAAGAAGACCUAAGAAACUCAACAUGCAUUAUGAGAGAGUUUUUUUAGGGGGUGGGGGGUGGUAAGGGUGUUCAGUAACGGUGCAGAAUGGGAUGGGGUUUGUUCUGUUAAAUGGCCGGUAUCUUGCCCACCUCCACAUACACCCACCCCCGUCCAUAGGGGCCAGUUCAGAUCCUCUCUAUUUACAUAUAAGAUCCCCUCCUCUCUUUUGGGGCCACACGGUUGGUUUCCCACUCCACCUGGCACUGGGAAAAUAUCAGUGAAUGUUGGUCUAGUCUCUUUGCAUGUAUUGUUUAUUUGCUUUCUCAUUAGUUUUUGCACAGCAUGCGUUGGGAGUUUCUCUUUGUGGAGUUGAACAAUAGAAUAUGUACAGUACAAAGAUGGUACACGUGCCUCUGUCCAGCUAGCUCUCUCAUCCCUGUCAGUGUUUUCUUUCCAUGCAUAAAAUAUGUUCAUGUUGCUAAAUCUGUUGAUGUGGAGUGAGAACAAAAUGGGAAAAAGUAGUAUCCUGUACAUUGUUGUAGACAUUCCAAGGUCAAUAUAGAUGCUGCAGCCAGCUAAGCAAAAGCUUAUAGCUGAUGAGAUGGUGAGCUGUAUAAUUAUUGCUUGGCAAACUUCAUCUGUCUGGCAUUUAUUGACUAUAUAUUCUUUUUUUUCACCAUAGGGUUGACAUUGUUCAUACUAGUUUGUGAAAGAGAUUUUUGUUUAUUUGUUUGUUUCUAUAUGCAACAUAAUGCACUGUUGUUUGCUGUCUAUUUAGUUGUUUUGCAGUACAGUUCCUUAAGAUGGCUUGCCAAACAUUAUCAACACCCCUUUACAUGAUAACAUUAAGACUAGAACACAGCAGUAUGAUUUAAGGGCCCAGGAACCAAGAGUCUUGAACCCAGAGCCUCUCGCUGCCACAGGCUGGUAGGUGUGUACAGUUUGAUUGGUCGAAUUCAAACCCCUGGAACUGUGAACUAGACACGGUAACUCCAGGUCAGUUGUGUUUUUUCCAGCUGCUUUACUCUGUAAAUUCAAACCUUUGUGCCACAUGUUGAUGACAAAAGAAAACCAUUUUGAUCUUCUGCUGUAUGGAUUUAUAAUACAAAAUGUACGUAUUUGUUCAUUAAUAGGACAAUUUCAUUUCCUACCUUGUGUAUGAUAUCUGGGGACACCUACUUUAAUGCAGGUCUGCUAAACAUUCACUUUUUAAGUGGGGUGUUUAAUUGAGCAUUCUGUAAUCCACAUAAGUCACUGUGGCUCUGAGCAUACCUAAUAUGAGAGCCCAGAGCAAGGACCAGGAUGUUUUAUAUUAUGUACAUGUAUUUCAUAUAAAUGUUCAUUAUUUAGAACGACUGCAGAGUAGUGUUGUAUUCAUUGUACUGUUUCUACCUUCAUUUAUUUCUGUACAUUCUAGAAGUGAGGACCAAUAUCUUUUUUUUCUCCAUGUUUGAAGGUUUUUGUUUAUUUUUCAUACUUGUGUAAUGAGAUGAAGUACUUAUCCAAAUGAAUCUAUCUGUAGGAGUCGCUACAUAACCUGCAGCUAUGUACCUUUGGACUGGGCUGAUUGCAUAAUGAAACAAGUGAACCAACUCUGGGGGAAAAACUUCAGAAAACAUGUUUCCUUCAAAGUUGAGAGAGCCAAAUCUAUCAACCUCUAUACUUUUAUAAUAGACUGAGUAGAGUAUACGCAUAUAAAAUUAUAACUGAAAAUGGCCAGUGAAGUCUGCUCAGACAGGGGUCAGUCUGCUAUAACAGCAGGCCUUGAGAACUGCAGAAAGAUCUGAGAAACCCACAAUGCAUUAUGAGUUUUUUAGGGGGUGGGGGUGGUAAGGGUGUUCAGUAACGGUUCAGAAUGGGAUGGGGUAUGCUCUGGUAAAUGGUCAGCAUUAUGCCCACUCCACAUACACCCACCCCCAUCCAUAGGGACCAGAUCAGGUCCUCUCUAUUUAAAAUAAAAAGACCCCCUCCUCUCCGUUUGGGUAAUCACAGGGUUGUUCAGCCAACAUUUGUCUUUGAAAUUGUUGAACGAGCACAAAGCCAUGUCCACCUUGAGCCUUGAUGAGUAUGUGCACCUGGAAUACCAGGAAACAAAAGUGUUUUCACUGAAGCAGCUUUAUGUUUUUAGACUCUGUUCUAACUAAUUAUAACCCUCAAAUACUCUUGAGAUAGGGACCGGUAUUGCAUGCUUCCCUGGCUUAAGCUCUCCCUCAUUUGUUUGCGCGUGUUUGUAGUUAGAUGCAACUUCAGUAGCAUGGUUUUAGGUAGAGAAACUGAGAAAAAGAGAUUCUUACUGCUUUGUACUUUCUAAGCACAGAGCUUGUCUGGUGUAGCACAAGAAACUAUACUGUUUUAUUCACUACAGUGCAGUAUUGCAUUCACAAACGUAUUAAUGUAGCAGAUGUUUAAAUCUUAACAUAUCAUUAGUCUUGCCUUAACUUUCAAGAAGCAACAAUGUAAAGUGAACUGCUCUUGUUCAUAUGAAUGUAAAUAGUGUUAAGCCAUUGGUGCUGAGAUUUUUGUGACAGGCACAGGGAAUAUCUAGCUCAUUUGUUUGACUGAAAUUGAGGUUCUUUUUAGAAUGGAUAUCAUAACUUUCCUCUUGUAGUAUGUCUUCUUUCAUUUUUACAUGUGAAAAUCGAUCUUUGCAUAUGUUUUUUGUCCCUCAAGCUUAGUAGAAUAGUAGAAUAUGUGGCACGUUCUACCGUAAGCAAGUAGCAUAUCUCUAUGUACAAGAUAAAAAAAGGCAAGGAGCUGUUAACUGUUGGAGGUUUUAUUGUUUGUUCACUAAAUUUGUUCACUGAAUGCUACACACUCUGUCUAUGCCUUUUCUCUGUGGACACAGUGGAGUUGCGUGGGAACCUGUUUUUGUGGGUGUGACCGGUUUUCCUUCUUUCUAGGUAGCUUUUUGUGGAGGAAGCUGACUCUAUUCUUAGGGAAGGCGAAAGGCUGGACUGCAGGCCACCUUGAGUUUCAAGAACUCAGGUUUCUGUGGAGUUUAGGCCAGCAUGUGAGCCAGCAGUGGAGUCAUCCACUAACCGCCAAAAUGUCUGGAGUCUCUAUAAUACGGGUGGCUGGUUAAAUGACUAGGUUCAGCAGCUGCUUUGGAAGGAGGGGUGGAAAGCGGUAUGGAGCCGUAGUUAUUUUGGCUAGCUUGACCUGCUGCAGAGUGCAGAUGUUCUGGUUUGUACAACAACCACCCUUGUAAAUGUAAGAUUCAGGGCUUGCUGGGCUUUUUAUGAUUUCUCUCUGUCCCCGCCUGCUUCCCCAGAAAAGCUUUAAUUUUACAGUUGCUCUGUUUCUGUAAAAAAACGCAUUAAUUAAAAAUCGCUCAGGCAAUGUUUGGAGCUGGCACAGAGGGAAUUUGUGUCUACACAAAUAGAAAACUCUGUUAAAAAUCAUUCCUUGUGGGUCACAGGUGUCAAAUAUUAGUCCUGGAGGGACUUCAUUUAAGUAAUUGUUUGGCUAAAAAAUCCACAUACUUUAUUCUCUUGGCCUUAAUUGGCGGUUGAUUGAAAGGAAACCACAAACAUUCUUCGGAAUGUAUUUUGACAUGCCUGUCAUAUGAUUAACAGAUACAACAUACACUCAGUAAGCACUUUAUUAGGUAUGUAUUAGAUCUUAAGUUUUCUGCUGCUGUAGCAUAUCUUCUUAGAGGGUUGACGCAUUUGUGUUCAGAGCAUCUCUUCUGCAUACCACUGUUGUAAUGUGUGGCUUUAUUGUCACCUUCCUGUCAGCUUCGACCAGUCUGGCCCUUCUCUCUUAUUAACAACGCGUUUCUGCUUGCUGAACUGCUGCUCACUGAAUGUUUUUUGUUUUUCACACAAUUCUCUGCAAACUGUUGUGCGUGAAAAUCCAAGGAGAUCAGCAGUUUUUGAGUUACUCAAACCACCCUGUCUGGCACCAACAAUAAUUCCACAGUCACAGUCACUUAGAUCACAUUUCUUCUCCAUUCUGACAUCUGGUCUGAAAAACAGCUGAACCUCUUUUGUGCAUUUAGUUGUUGCCUCAUUUUUGGCUGAUUAUAUAUUUGCAUUAACAAGCUGGUAUACAGGUCUACCUAAUAAAGUGCUCUGAGUGUAUGUAAAGUGUUACAUUGCAUUAGAUAAGUAAAGAGAUUAGCCGUCUCUCCUUUAUGUUGCUGUAAGUUUGGCUAGCCUUUAUCUCUUCAUCAAUUUCUAGCAAAAACCAUACUGUAAUGUUCUCAUAACAUUGGUACAUUGUUAUUGAAAUGUGAAGAGGCUGCUGACAGGAUUAUAGAAAUGUUGUGAGAAUGUUAUGUGAUAGAAGGCUCAGUGCAUAUCAUACAGGCACCAAUGGUAGAAUGUCCAGGGUGGGAAAUGGUUUCACUCUCCAGCUGUUUAAGUCAAAAUGUUUUGUGUAAUUAUUCAAAUGCAAUGUCAGUUUGUUCUAAAUGUAUCUAUAUAUUUAUUCUACUUGAAAGGGGAAUGGCUGUUGUAAUUUGCAUAGUUUUGCUUUGCUUUUGCGUGAUAAAAACAUUCAAAUUAUAUAUUGUGCUACCUACUUUUGAAAAAACCCAGUGGGACAUUGUGUAUGUUUUCUGAAAAUUAAAAAUAUUCUUUUUUUUUUUGGA